AUGUUUUUCGUUCCCUUAAUUCUCGUCCUUUCGCUUUUGGCUACCCUCGCCCAUGGCCCGCAAACGUCGUCUACCCUUGAGCUCCCAACAUUGGAGGACUACAGAGCAGUCCUUCAACGACACCAAGAAGCGGCAAGGCAUAUCAAGCUGCUCACAGGCCUAGCAACUCGCGAGCCGCCUUCGAAUGCAACAGGCCAUAGUUCUUUCGCUACAAACUCAUCGCUCCCUGCUAGUGUCGACGAAAUCUCGGACGUGAAGGACGACGCAGAUCUUGCAGACAAUACCCCCGAGCACCCCAUCAACUCGCUCGCCACUGUCUUCGAUAUCACUUGGAUUCUCGACCGUCUUGUCCUUUUUGCUGCCGAGCGGCUUCCAACUCCCGAGGGCUACAUAGGUGUCAGUAUUCAUGCGACCUGGUGGCUCCUUCUUGCUUGCAUCACAGCCGGUACUCUUGCUGGCCUUUGCUGGGCUGUCUACCCCACUCUCCGUCGAUUGGCGCCGUUGUUUGAAUGGGUCCUGCUGAACUGGUUUGAGACAUUGAUAUUUGCGGUUUGGCAGCUUAUCCGGCGAGAACAUUUUCCUUUGCCUAACCCAGAUGUUGGUGUUGAAGUUCACUUCCGCGAGUUUGAUCUGGACGGUCUUGCUGAAGACCACGAUGGGCGAAUUGGUAUGGAGGAUCCAGUAGACUGGGUGCUAAAUGGACUCGGGCGCGACGACCAACUUGUUGUUUUCCGAGGUGAAGUUUCUUUCCCUACCUCCAUUUUCACGUUCUUCUUACUCAAGGCUUCAGUAUGGCUCAACGUUGCUGGGGAGCCAAUCGACCAGGAGCUACAAGAGCUCGAAGUAGCCCCGCAAGAUCACGGCGCUGGUGUGGACAUUGGCAUCGACAACCUCCCCGCCGCUCGAGAUGUUGGUGAACUUGAAGGGGCUGCGCCACAACAAGCAGAUGUCGGUCAAGGUGGGGCAGGAGAUGAGCGUCCUGAAGAUGUCGGCGAGGACCAUAGCGACGAAUUUCUAGACAUGAUGAAACAUUUGCGCUUCCUUGAAAAGCUUAUGCUUGCAUGUGAUGUUUUUGCAAGUAACAAUGACGAUCUGUGGUUGCCUCGGGAUUUGUUCAGGGUGCGACAGGAGGAACUUGUAGUGGGUGAUCACCUCCAGGAGGCAAUGAGGCAUUUGCGUCUCGCUGAGAAAGCCAUUCUCGCGUUUGACAUCUUUGGUGGCAAUGAUGACGAGUUGCUGGGUAAUUUGUUCGAACUCGAUUUGGAUGGGGUUCCUGAGGGUGAACAGUUUUGCUUGAUGCUCGUUCAAUGGGCUUAUGUUUUUCCAGGGGACUCGCAAGAGAUCGAUAUUGAGGAUCUCGUCAACCGCCGUCCGACCAUCCUGAACGACGUUCAGCCACAAGACUUUGCCGUCGCAGCUGAGGUGGCGGAAGCGAAUGAUUUCUUUAAUGAGGAACUCGAGGCCUUCGAUGAUGACGACGAUGAUGACGAGUGGAUGUACAACUGGAUCUAUGACUGGCUCGGCGAAGGGGUAGAGGUGGUGGAUGAGUUCAACCCGCGCGUAAACAUUGGUGGAUCCGUUCCUGAACUUGUUGUUCCUGCCCCUCCUGCCGACUUCGCUCGAUCUUCCACUUCAUUCACCCCACCCGGCUCUCAUUCGUUCAUUCGAUUCGGUCAAGGCAUUCGACAAUACCACUCUCCAAACCUACCGCCUCCUGUCGACCACCCACCUCCAGUCACUCAAACACAAGAUGCGUUGUUUGAAUCUCCUCAAGGCCCUGCUACUGUCUUCAUCGCUGGAAAAAGGCCAAGACCAUUGUCUCCAGCCCCAUCUCCAUCUCCUGCAAAUAGCCAACCUUCUGCCAAAGCUCUCGGAAAGCGGCGGGCCGUCCCAUCUGAAGACUCGUCAAUCAACGACAACGAAGAAGCUGCUUCUCAGCCGACUCCCCAAGCAACGCCUCCCGCAACGCCGCCAGUCGACCCUUUCGCACCCUCAACAAGCAAGUUGCCCCCAUUGGUGAAGAUCGCUCUAGCUGAUUUGGCCAAAUCUUUUGCUCAAGGUGGCUCAAACUCUGCUAUGUUGGGACUGUGGGACACCUCCGGCCAUCACCGCACUUCUUCUGCCAACGUGGCGCUGGGUCUGCAACGGGCUUCAAUACAUCUGCGGGUGAUGGAUGGCGAAGCGGAGACGCGAAGAGCACGGACUGUGUCGGGUCCGGUUUGA